AUGCCUCCUGAUAAACUUGAGUGGGAGUUUUCGAGAUUCAAGCUUUGGUGUGGAAAUCUGGGUGCGCUGCAGGUUGGCAAUAGUUCUCUUGAUUCGAGGCUGCGGGAAUCGACGGUGAUACGCACUAAUGUGUUCAAGCACUUGCUCCGACUAAGUCGUACUCUUGUCGAGAGCACAGAGGUUGUUUCCAAUGCACGACUACCGUUUGAGAAGCAGCCUCAACUGGAGGAUUCGAGUAGUGGAUCCUCAUCAGAAGAAAGCGAGAGUGACGAUGAGCCGCCAAAGGAACUUGUUCUACACAUGACUUCCAUCAAGGAGAUUCUGAGUGAUUUGUAUAUGCUUUCGUUCAGGAUCCGAAACAGCUCCACUCGUCCAACCUCAACAUUGAGAAUAGAUCUAUACACAGAGAUUGAACACAUUCAUGACGGCGAAACUACACACACGGUUGAUAAGCUCGCCGCUUACACAGAGUUCGAUAAACGACACGUUGAAGACUUGCUACUUCAACUCCGCCGGGAUGCCGCCAACGAGAUGGAGGAGAAGCCCUCGAAGAUUCCUGAAAUAACGGAUGGCGAUUCUUAUCUCAUCAAACAACUAGUUGCUACCAUGAACAAACGUCGCAGGUUUCUCCGAUACUGGCAACGGCAUGCCAAAAAAAUGGCGGAAAUUCCAAAGGAGGCCGAAAUAAUCAUGAAGCCACAAUCAAUGUCGAAGCCCCAGCCGGAAAAGAGCUUGGUAUUGUUAGACAACCCUGGAAAGCGGGUCCAAUUUGCACCAACUGUCGCUGGGAAGACUAUAUUCUCGAGGACCGAGGCUACCAGAUUCGACAAGCGGCUUGAUGAUACCUUGGAAACUCGGUCUGUCAUCUCAUAUGCUUCAGCACGGGUUGAAAGCGACGGCGGCGAGAUUGAGCUCCUGCCGCCACCAGUUGCAGCAUCCAAGGGUACUGAAUUUCUGUGCACCUAUUGUGGCAUUGUAUGCCCGGCUCGUCAUGGAAAAGGUGGUGCCUGGAAAGCCCAUGUCCUUCGAGACCUCCAACCAUAUAUCUGUACGUACGAUAAAUGCGAAGAUGGAAACCGCGUUUUCAAUAGCCGGACAGCAUGGCUUGAGCAUGAAAGAUUAGGCCACCGGCGAAUAUGGCAAUGCUUUGAACAUCUGGAGCCAGUUUUAAAUUCUAAAGCUGCACUUCAAGCCCAUCUGAAAGUCGAUCAUGGUAAUGAUAUUACCGAUGAGCAGAUCGAGAACCUGAUCGAAAUUUGCGCUCUAAGUAUCGAGGACACAAGGACCAUUUGUCCUUUUUGUUUUUUCAGAGGCCCGUUCCCAGAGGGUCUCGGGGAUCAUAUGGCAUCGCAUAUGCAAAGGUUUGCUACUUUCCCGGUAUCUCGAGACAUUUCGGGCCCAAAGGACGAAGACGAAGUCGCCGGUGCGAGCGAGAAGACAUCUGACUGUGUUCAGAACUUCGGCUCCCGGGGCUCCCUGAGAUCUGCGUCUCUACGGUUUGACAGCGAGCCUCCUUCCGAUCUAGUCCUAGAACACGGCGAUGUCUUGAACUCGGCGCUGGAAGUGUCUGAAGUCGAAGAAGCGAAUACAAAAGAUGAAUUACCUGGGCCCUCACAAGUGCCCAGAGAAGAAGAUUACGGAAACUCUGGUGAGCAGUCCCAGAUAAGUUCAGCAGAGGAAGCGUUUGAUAUCAGGAGCGAAAUAGAUUUUCUACUUCUUCUAUUAAAUACACUUACCAGUUACUUCGGAUCUGUACGCAAUCGGUUUUUUAGUGACGACGACGUGGCAGCCGCGACAAUAUUUCUUCAAGAGGCCAAUGGCUUGUUAGGGGUGCUUGUUGCCUCUAAGAGGCCAGUCGACUUUCUGUCUCAGCCGGAAAACUUACGAAUGUUAUUUGGCGACGGGGGUUGGACACAAGGCAAGCUAGUUGAACUACGAUCAAUUUUGGCUGUCUGCACAGAACAGGCGCAAUUGCUGGUUCGGGAAGCUUUUAGAUUUGAAUCACCAGAAAUCGGCGCCGAUACUUCGUAUGAUUUUACGGGAACCCCGAUUAAGAUUUCGGUUGAUACGUGUAUGGUUCAACUUGCCGUCACAACUUUUGUGAGAUGCCGCGAGUGA